AGUCUAACCCGGGGUACGGGGGUAGACAGGAAAAAAACGCACACAUGGUUUUGGACUGGACCAAACCACUCUACUAGCAACAUCAUCUUCAUCUUCAUCUGCUACUCCCUCCCUUCCACCUUAUCUAUCAAAAUUUAAACACAAUCCAAUCAAUCCCCUUGAAUUCUACACUUACAAUGUUGCUGAACACUCCUCCUGCUCCUACCUUAACUCCUAAACUCAUUCCCCAUUCAUCUCUACCAAAUUUAAGUUUCCCCCCUUCUACAUUUCUCCCCAAAUCCAAACCCACCAGAACCCCCUUUCUUCUGCGCGCCAUGAUCGAGAAAGAAACCCCAGAAGCUCACCGGCCCGACACUUUCCUCAGAGACUAUGAUGCGUCAUCAUCAUCAUCGUUGUCUGUUAGAAACCGGUUUGAGAAGAUGAUUAGGGAUGUGCAGGACAGUGUUUGCGCCGCCAUUGAGGCGGCUGAUGGGGGAGCCAAGUUCAAAGAGGAUGUGUGGUCAAGGCCUGGUGGGGGUGGGGGGAUUAGUAGGGUUUUACAGGAUGGGUCUGUUUGGGAGAAGGCGGGGGUUAAUGUCUCUGUUGUUUAUGGGGUUAUGCCUCCCGAAGCUUAUCGUGCGGCGACUUCGGCUAAUGGGAAUGUUAAGCCUGGCCCUGUGCCCUUUUUCGCUGCUGGAGUCAGCUCGGUUUUGCAUCCAAAGAAUCCAUUUGCGCCAACACUUCAUUUUAAUUAUCGGUAUUUUGAGACUGAUGCCCCAAAAGAUGCUCCUGGAGCUCCACGACAAUGGUGGUUUGGUGGUGGUACUGAUCUGACGCCUGCAUACAUCUUUGAGGAGGAUGUCAAGCACUUCCAUACGGUGCAAAAGAGAGCUUGUGACAAGUUUGACCCUAGCUUCUACCCUCGUUUCAAAAAAUGGUGUGAUGAUUACUUCUAUAUCAAGCACCGAAAUGAAAGGCGAGGACUAGGCGGGAUAUUCUUUGAUGAUCUUAAUGACUAUGAUCAGGAGAUGCUGCUUGGUUUUUCUACUGAGUGUGCAAAUUCUGUGGUUUCUGCUUAUCUCCCAAUAAUAGAAAAGAGGAAAGACACACCUUUCACAGAUCAACACAAGGCAUGGCAGCAAUUGCGAAGAGGGCGCUAUGUAGAAUUUAACCUAGUAUAUGAUCGGGGAACAACAUUUGGUCUGAAGACAGGAGGUAGAAUCGAAAGUAUUCUUGUUUCUCUUCCACUAACAGCUCGGUGGGAGUAUGACCAUGCUCCAGAAGAAGGAAGUGAAGAGUGGAAGCUACUUGAUGCAUGUAUCAACCCCAAGGAAUGGAUCUAACAGUUCUUGUAAAUGAUCUACUUCUUAUUUCGUUAUUUUGGCUGUGCCAUUGCUCUGUUUUUGUAGUGAUGAAGAUUUCGUGUCCAAGUCUAAAGAUAGGCCUCUAAUUGUCAAUCUUCAUAGUGGCGGUCAUAGAACUUCAUGUUGUAUAACUUUAAUGUAGCGAGGCAUUCGUGAAUGCAUCUGUCCCCUCUUGAAUGGGGUUGUAUAUUAGAAAUGUGUGUUUUGCAUC